AGUACGUAUUGAACGUAUAGUUCCUCUUUUUAAUCACCAUCAACUAACCAAAGAAACACGCACCAGCUUUAUUGCUCCUUUUGCGGUUAAGGUUCUGUGUUCACAACACAGCCACCGAAAUAAAGACACGCAGCACGUCCCACACACUUCCCUGUCAUCUUCACAAAAAAGAAAAAAAAAAAUGAGCCGACCUUCGAGUUUCCUUUCGCAUACUCAAAUGCUUUUAAUCCGAGACGAGGCUCUUCUCAGGAAACACGCCGUAGCUACUUUUGGUCACCAGGGCGUUCUCGAUCUUGCCCUUCUCGGUGCUAUUCUUGGCAACAGUAUCCAUGAGAUCGGGCGAUAUGAGGUGACAUGCGACGGCCAUGUCAUCAAGGGCCGCUACACUAUCUACGAGCUCGUCCAUUCGGGCGCUCUCGCUGUUACAGGUCGUCGCCGUGAGCGCAAGCAUCGGGACUACCAAUGCUGUGGUGUCAUCGACGGAGGCAUUGGCUACAUCUGUAGUAGCACUAAUAACGAAGAGCAACUUCACUCAAUGAUGCAUUUAUCUAUACUAGAAUCAACCAAAGCCGGUGAAAGCACUGGAGCGAAAGUCAGCCCUGGUAAUCAAAAUCUGCCUCCCCGGAUCUACCCUGCAACAUUAGCUGGUCUCUUUCCAGCAUUGGUGUUCAAAGCUCUGAGGCGGAAAUCCAUUCGGCCACCCAAGUUCCAGCAUGACGAUUCUGUAUCCUGUACACCCGUUGCUUCAACGUUCCUCAUGGAAACAGGGGGCAGCAUGAGCGCAGCCGCCACUACUACCAUCCACACUAUUCACGAAAGAACAGAAGCCAUUUGCGCCUCAAAUCUUCAUUCAUCAUCGGAUGCAGCAUCUCUUUUUACUUCAAAUGGCGUCAUGGAUGCUGAUUCUAUGCUAAUCACUCGGGACAAUGUUCUUGCAAAGUUGGUCAGUCAGCGCCUUCACCGUGUUAAAGACCUUCCCUUACCAAGAGAACUGUGCUUUCUAGGCGCUGUCAGCCUACCCCUGCCGCCGGUACUCCGUGUCAUGCAUGUUGCCUGGACAAUGGACUUUCUUAACACUAAAGUAACUUCUGUUCGUCGCCUGCGCAAGCAGCUUAGGCAGCAACAACAAGAGCCGGUCGCUGGUACCGUGUCCUUUGAGGAUAAGGGCGGUCUCAGCGACGAGAAGCUAGCCAUCGCUGCAGCCAAAUUGCCUACUGGAGGACUUGUUUUCCGACCUGAGCUGUACGCCCACAAGAUGCGAAUUGCUCGGCUAGCUCGAGCGAGACAGCAGCACAUGGCUGCAAAAAAAGCAGCGUCCAUGGGGGGCAAUGCUCUCUCUGAAGCUACUUCAAUGCGACGCGGUCCAUCUUCCACCUCAAUCCCUGAAGAAAAUGAGGAAGAAGAACAGGCGAAGGAGGAGAGUGAGAAUAUAAGCAAAUCUUCAAGAAGAAGAAGCACAGUAUUAACAGUAAAGUCUCCUAGUUUUGCAAAACCGAUGGCACAAUAUAUUUCAACUAAAAACUUGACAACAUCAGCGCGUUUCACAAUAAUUUCAUCCAAAACACAUGCAUCGUCGUCUGUUGAUUCUUCGACUGCUACUGGCGGUGGUGCAAAUAAGCCAGUGCGUCAGGAUAAACGUUUGAUGCAACAACUUCUCUCACUUGAAAACAAAGUCCCACGAAUUGUUCGACAAUGGGCUGCUGCUGCGCGUCCGUGCUUUGCAGAGGUGCUCCUUCAGGAAGACCGCCUUGUACAAGAAUGGGUUGAUCGGCAGCGAAUUCAAGUCUUUCUAGGAUGUGGCUACAACAACUUUAGUUCCUUUGCAUCUUCAGUCUCUCUUGCGCAGAAACGAGUAAUACCUUCACCAAUUUCAACCAACCAAAACAACGAGCUCGGAUUGUCUAAUAGCAGUAGUAACAACAACAAUAACACACGUAAUAUAGUGCAAUCUCGUGUAACUUCAUAUCAUACCAAGAUGAACGUAUCCCCGGUUUCUACUUCUCACUCACUUAUUCAGCAUCCAUUAUCAGCCACAAAAACGAGUUUUCCGGAUGGUGUGCGUCUAGUAGCUAGUCCCGGACAUGGGAGCUCUCGCGGUAGCGCCAUUUACCAACGUUCUAGACCAGCUAGUGCUUCAUUGAUGGAUCGUUUGAGCACGGGACAACAAAUGCUGAGCAUGCAUCUUUGGCUCAGCCUUUUGGUUUCCCCUUUAAGUCCUGAAUACAUGGUUCAAGAUCAGUUUAGAUGUAUAGACUCUUAAAGGUCAAGUCAAAUGUAUUGCAAUAGGUCCGAAACAUCUUUUCAACUUCCCACGCUCUUUUUUAUUGUAUCUGGUCUUUGCCACCAAGAAGGAAAG